AUGUCGUUGAACGCCGUAGCGAAUCGGUCACAGACAGCUUCAGGCUUGAUCGGUUUUUUGCUUGUGUACCCCAAGCCACCUCCGCAGCGCCCUUGCAGAUCGACACUCGCCAGUGCUACUGUGCGGGUGAGUGGACAUCAGUUCACGAGCUCGCAGCCUCCUGCUUCAAGACUCAUUCCGCAAUUUGCUUUCGAGCGCCCAUCCACCAACUUGCCCGACAAAGCCGACAUGCGUGCGUACUACGUACUACUAGCUGGCGCAGCCGCAAGCAGCGAAGCUCUCUCGCCGAUGGUGGAGCUCGACAAGGCCGAGAUCGUGGCGGAAGGCGUGCGCUCGACUACUGGUGGCAGACGAUUUCUCCGCGUCAACAGGACGGUGUAUGACGAAGAGGCGGACGGCGCUGAUAACGGCGAAGAGAGAAAGAUAGACUGGGCGCAUAUCGGUGGCCUUGGUCGAACCGAAGUAGAAGCGAUGGAGUGGCUGCGAUCCUGGCUUUCCGAAGGCAUAUCGCCAACACAGGUCGCCAAAACCCUGGGCGUGCACAACUUGCCGCAGGAUGGCGCACAUCAACUGGAAUGCUCUCGUCAAGUUCCAACAAAUGCACUUCCAGAAGAAUACGGGCCGCAGCCACCCCUGAGACGACUGGACUGCUGCUGGUAUCGGCCACAGUGCGCUAAAUGGCAGCCAUUGGGUUUGCGCCGGGUACCUCUUUCAAAUCAAUCUGUCAAAUUAAUGGAGUUGCAGACCACUUCCUGCCGAACAUCAUAG